UCCCCGGGGCCGAGGGUGAGCUCUCCGGAUCCCCUCGCAGCCCCCCGCCGACAGUGCAGUUCCAGCGCGGGGAGGAGGGCCCCACGCGCGGCCUCCGGGCCCCGCCCACUCCGGCCUGGGGUCGGAGCCGCGGAGAGCGCCAGGCGAGUCCGAGCGGCCGCGGCCCCUUUAAGGAGCCGCUCUGCGGUAACCCGAGCCCGCAGUCCGGGCGGGCGCGGCGGCAGCGGCGGCGCGAGCCUCGGCGACUGCUCCUUCAGGCGUCCCCGGCUCCCGCGAGCAUCUCGCGCGUGGCUCCGGCCGGCGCAGCCUUCGGGCCGGGCCGGAUGACCAGGCGCCUGUGAGCCCCGCUGUGCUCUCCCGGCCCCGCGCAGCCGCCGCCCGCGCGACUCAUCCCGGGACCCGGCACAGGGUGAAGAGCUAUGGAAGCCAACGCCAAACUGGUCAUCGGCACUGUGUGUAGCAGCUUUGCCAUCUUUCAGACUCUGUUUCAUUUUGUAAGUUACUGGUUUUCAGCAAAAGUUUCCCCAGGUUACAAUAGCCUUAGCAUCGAGAAGAAGAUCGAAUGGAACUCAAGGGUAGUAUCUACGUGCCACUCUUUGCUGGUUGGGACUUUUGGUUUAUACCUCUUCCUAUUUGAUGAGUCUACUAUAGUUGAUCCACUCUGGGGUGAUUCAACGCAUGUGAAAUUGAAUAUUGCAACUGCUUCAGGCUACCUCAUUUCUGAUUUGUUGAUUAUACUUUUGAAUUGGAAAGUGAUCGGCGACAAGUUUUUUGUAAUUCACCAUUGUACGGCGCUAGCUGCUUACUACCUUGUGUUGAGAGAUGGAGUGCUUGUGUACAUUGCCAAUUUCCGCCUGCUUGCCGAGCUUUCCAGCCCCUUUGUGAACCAGAGGUGGUUCUUUGAAACCCUGAAGUACCCCAAGUUUUCCAAAGCCAAUGUCAUCAAUGGAAUCCUCAUGACAGUGGUCUUUUUCAUAGUGAGGAUCAUUGCAAUACCUCCUCUGUAUUUCUUCAUGUACUCCGUGUACGGAACAGAAGCCUAUGCAAGGCUUGGAUUUACAGUUCAGUUUUGCUGGGUCACCAGCUGUCUUGUUUUGGAUGUGAUGAAUGUCAUGUGGAUGAUCAAAAUUACAAAGGGAUGCAUUAAGGUUAUCUCUCUCAUCAGACAAGAGGAAGCCAAGAGUAGCCUACAGAACGGAAAACUCGAUUAAAGGCGCGCUUCAUCAAACAUCUGUGUUUCCAUAAGCCAUCUUCAUUCCUCCCCUCGCCGCAUCUACUAAUAGAUGAGCUCCUGGCAUGCUCGAAUGCUGCUCCAUUAAUUCUGAUUGUUAUUCAGGGUUUCAGUGUUUUCUUCUCUCUCUCCUUUUUAUCUUUAGAAAAGAGAAAAUAAAAUUUAGUUUUCACUCCCA